AAGUACACAAAGUCGCAUGUACACAACUUCAUGUUGAAUUCUUACACGGCCAAUUCCUAUUAGGUCCUUAUUUUACACGUUCGUCUGACACCUUUGACUUUUUAAGAUAAUUUUUCACGAAAUACUAAAAUAUAAUCGUCAGUUGGCAGCAUUGAAAUAGAAAAAAAAUAGAUAAUGACAGUGCUGCGAUGAGAGUUGUAUAGAAAAUCGACGGACGAACCGGUUGCGGUGUGACAGGUGAUGGAAGGACACGACGGGUCAUUGAGAGUCCAGCUGAGUGAAAUUGAGCUGCCUUUAUUUAAGAUGAAUGCUCCUGCAUAAUGGGAAAAAUGGUUCGUGUCAUUUCUGUUCAUCAUUUUGCCAGUCAAGAUAUCCAGACAUGCGAGGAGCCGGUAGCAGUAACUUCUGCACCUCCUAAUAGAAUUCUAGUUGCCUUGUCUCAGCACUUGGUAGAAGUACGGGAUCUAGCUGCGGGUGGAGAUGUAAUAUUUACAUUUCCAACUGUAGACAGAGUUCAUCAAAUGCUACAUUGUAGAACGGGUAAUUAUGUGGCUACACUUGAAAAAAAACAAAGUCGCCAAGGAAGGGAGUCAAUGUAUGCUCGUAUAUAUGCAAAUUGGGAUGUAAUAAGUGAUUGCAACAAGCCUGGCAUGCAGCCAAUGAGAGCACGGAUUGCAGGCAGAGUCACUCCCAGCAGUAUGCAGUCUAGUGUAGCAGGACUAGAAAUGAUAGAGUUGCCAGUUAAAAUGUCUCCAAGUGUGAUAACAUGCUGUCAGGCUACUGGGAGCAUACUUUUAUCAUCAGAAAAUAUUUUGAUGAUGUUUAAUUUCUGUGUACGGACUCAUGAUAUAUCUCAUCUCAAGUUCAUUGACUUUGAAGAGUCAUGUACAAAUUUCACAAUAAACUUUGUGCCAAUGAAGUUAGCAUUAUGUAACAACAUAGUUGUUGCUAUGGGCAAAGAAUGUCUGCACGUAUUCCAAGUUGGAGGCCCUAAGCAAGAAGUGAAACAUGUGCAGAAGACAAAGAAGGACGCUUUGCCAACAUCGGAUAAAAAAGACUCUAAGAAAAGUGACAGUAUCCACGUAGACUGGAAUGAACUUCUCCAGACACAAAACUGUAUCAAAACUUUGAACAAUGCCAGUUACAGGCCACAAGACAGCAAGUUGCAUCCUAAUUCCUAUCCUUUGGUGGCAUUAUUUCCUAGCAUUGCUGCAGACAGAGAGGUUGGGAGUGGAGUGAUGCACAGAAACAGUCCAUUUCAAGUGGCACCCCCAGACAUGACCGUCAAUGUUGUUAACACAUCACCCACACCAUUGAAAUCAGAAGACUAUCAGAUUUUCAACAUGCUGCAGAUACGCUUGGCUUCGCUGCCUCUAGGUGGCAGUGUGCAGGAAGAUUUCCAUUGUCUACAGAUACUGCCACUAUACAUACGGGAAGAUACUCAACAUGCAGUGAACUUGCUGUGCCUGGUAACCACCCAACAGGAAGGCUAUCUCUACCACUUUGCGCUUCCCGUGUCGCCUGACAGGACUCCCCUGCAGCAAGCAGCGUGUGUGACGGUGUACCCGUUCACCGCUCCUGCGUCGUGUGUCGCUCUGGAGCCCUAUGUGCUGCAUGUGUUCACGGACACCGGCCUGGAGACCUACACCUUGAGGGCAGGCUACCAGCUGGCUCAAAGGGUGGAUACAUUGGAUAAUAUCAUCAAAGCAUGUCCUUCCUUCAAUGAACCUGUGUGCCUGGUUGGUUUGCGGCCGUUCUUUGGAGUUGAACAUCUUCUUGUAACAGAGUCUUAUUUGGCUCUUUUAGCAUGUUCUGAAGGUUCGAGUGCCUCCAGUCAAGAUUCACAUUCGAACAGCUGGACACUUUAUUCUCUGAGGCUUCCAACACCUGCAACUCUCUACUCAGAUAUGAUUGCUGUGGGUUCAUUGCAUCGGUGGACAUCUCCAACUACGUACUAUCAUCUACUAAAUGAAGGGCAUAUUAUUCUCCGAAGUGCACUUGAUAUGGGCCAACAGUUUGACAAGGAAACAAUAUUGCAACAGUAUAAAGAAUCCUGUUGUCUGCUUGGAGAUUAUUAUAUAACAAGUGAAAAUGAAGAUGAGUGGAAAUUUGCAAUGCCAUACUACACUAUGAGCAAUUUAACUCCCAUUGAAGUGGUGGAUAGAGUUAAGAACAUUGACAUUCCUGCAGAAGCAUUAUCACCAAAUCAGGUGAAGAGUGAUAGGUAUGUUCCAGGUUUGAUGAGUUAUUUGAAAACCUACCUUUUACGUAUGGACUGUACAUCAGGUGAUACAUUGUUUUCACCAGCUGUGCCAAGCUUUGCCCACACUUUGCUUGACCUUUUUGAGGAGCAUGAUCCAGGACAGGUGUCAACUUUAGUGUUGCGAUCCAGCCUUCUUAGGGAGUAUGCAACAGAUAGAGUAUUGAGUAUCAUGAAGAAACAACUAAGUACCAGACCAGAGCCUGAAGCAAGUGAUGCCCUAGCACUAGUCCUGUUAUGUAUCCAGAAAGGUUCACCUGAACAAGCUUGUGCUGUUUUGGAUUCAUUGUCCUCUGACCAACUAAGUGAUAUUUUAACCGUCAACUACCAGCUCAUAAUAGAAAGUGGCAAAAUUUCUGGAAAUACCGUAAAAAGCAGAGGGUGCAGUUUCACUGAGCUGUCCUCUGUUCUUAUAGAAACUAAACCAGAUGUAGUGGCACAAGUUCUCUUCAACUUGGUUGCUGCCACAGAAGGAGCAUUAACACUUCAACAAGUUUUACAGGUAUUUCUGGAGUAUUUGCCUUCAAGAAUAAGUAUUGCUGGUUCUGCAACAAGCUUGGUUGUACAAGAUUUUUUGGAAAGAUAUUUUUUGUGGUUUUAUAAAAAUCUGCCAGAGCCUGUUUAUGAUCCUCCUACUGUUGAAGCUUUGAAGAUACUUGUUAGAUCAUACCUCAGUAAUUUGCAGUGCUCUGAUACUUCAUAUUCAAAAUCAAGACCCAUGAAACAAGCCACAGUAACAAAAUCACAUCUUUCGAAGAAGAAUGUAGGUGAUCAGACAAUACCUGUGUCAUCUAAUCAAGCGUCUGAAAAAUCAGGUCCUGUUUUAUUCUUGGAUCUACGUUCCAAAUUUCUGGAUAAAAUGCCACCCUUUGCAGCAGAUUUGUGCAAAAGGCUAGUGUCACCACAUGAAAUAGAGAAAGAGGAUGUGGAAAAGUAUGGCAAUCAAAUUAAAGAAAGUCUCAUCAAACUACAGUCACUGCUGUGCAGCAAAAAGUUGCCCAAGGAAUGUAUUGUUGAAGUUUAUCAGUUCCUACAUACUCAUCCACAAUUGCUUGGAAAUCUGAGUCUGCAAGUAUUGUGUGUGACUACAAAAGAAGCAACCACUAUUUUACUUGAUUUCUGUCCACAAGCAUUACUACAGUAUUCUAAGGAUAGAUAUAAAGGUGAAACAGAGUGGAAACACCUGCUUUCAAUCUUGCAGAAGAAGGUACAGCUACUUCCAGAGGAGGGAUUAAUGAAGCCAUUUUACAUGCAAGUGCAGAGAGACGUUUUGAUGUACCUGGCACAAAAUAUACCGCUAGAUGAUUUCUGUCACAUUUUACCUAGCGGUGGAAGCUCUGAUGAAUCCUAUCAAAGCUACAUCCGCACUUGCCAACAGGUAGGGCAUGCCAACCAUAUCCAAGCCCUCAUCAUGGCAACGGGUCAGCAGCUGUUGACUACACUCAAUCUCUGAUGCACACUUUCGAUUUAUUUUACAUAUCAUGCAUGGGAAGAAAUACUUGGAGUUGUAUAGAAUUGUUUUUAAAAUUUAAAAAAAUUAUGUGCCAUCUUUAUGCAAACAGAAUUGUUAAAAGGAAACUGUGAUCAUGUGUGUAUAGGUAUAUUUGAACAAAAGCUAGAUGCUUGAGUUUAAUUUAAAGCUAUAAAUUUUAUUACCCUUGCGGAUGCUGAGAAUAAUUCAAUAAACAUUGUUUCAGUAAAAUAAGAUUCCACAUAGGUAAUACAUUAUUCAAAUUUUUCCUAUUUAUUUUAUGUUUAUAUAUAUAUUUUUUUUGUAAAGAUCUUUUUAAGUUUUAUUGUGAAAGUAAGGAGUUUUAUCAUGUACUUACUUAUUAACUCCUUUGAAGUGCCACAGAGACAAGUUUUUUUAAUUUAAUUUUUUAUGACUGAAUAGUAUUAAUUCCUGUCUAUUCAAACUGUAUUGUAGCAUCCAUUUCUGAUUUAGAAAAAUAAAUGUUAAAAAUUUGUAUGAUACUCAGUUUCAGAUCAAAUUUGAUGACAUAAUUUAAAUUUUUUUAUGAAAUUAUAACUAGUUUGUCAAACCAUCCUUUGAGUAGCUAUUGUGUGAUAUAUUUGAUACACAGAUAUUAAGACCCUUUUUUUGCCUACAUGCAAAGAUAGGUUUUGGCAUUACCAUUUUUGCUAUGAUUUUCAUACUUUUUCAUGGCACAAUUGUAUAAUUUUUAAAAGUAAAAAAGUUCAAACUAAGGAUUCUUUAUUAAUUUUUGUAUUUUAUCAUUAACUGUUCUAACGAAGGGGGGAAAAAAGUAAUUGUAAUGCAAAUUUCCAAAUUUUUCAUAAAAAAAAAUUUGAAAAACAUUUUAAACUGCAGCCUGUUUCAAUGCUAGUCAGGGCAUUUGAUAUGACAUGAAGGUUGAUGUCAGUGGACCUGAACUGGGGCUAAGAUUUAUUUAAUCAAACUGAAAAAAGAAUUGUUUACAUUUUUUUAAAAUAUUUUUUUAGAUAAACCAUUUACCAGCCAGUGCCAUUGGCCAAGUGCUCUUUUCAGCACCCUAUGUGGCCAUGUGUUUCGCAGCGGGCUUAAUCCAUCUCUGCGCACAAGCUGCCUAAGGAAUAUUCAUGCUCCUUACCUAAGGAAUUAAUUUUAUAAAAUAAAUGUUUCUCUGUAACUUUCAAUAGAUAUUUAGGUUGGUUUAUGAAUUGUUAUUUAUUUAGAUGUAGUGUUUUGUUGUAAAUUUGUAGUGUAUGUGACAUAAGUUAAAUCUUUGCCUUGAAAAUGUUUUGGAAUCUGUUUUUGGUGUCUGUCCUGUGUAUUUUUGAGGUUAGAGUAUGUAAAUGAUACCAGAAGUGAAUGCUUGAUAUAGGUCAUAUUCCAAUUUUUACAACUAUCAGUUCUAAGGCUUACCAGCCAACAAUAUUAACUGAUGGUGGAAAUUUGAAGACAUAUUUUCUGAUAGACAGCAAACACCAUUAAGGAAGUUGUUGCCUAACAAAAUUUUCAUACUCUCGCCAAUCAAACAUUUAUUGGGACUCUAAACUAAUUAAAACUAAUGUUUGUUUCCUUUUGUGAGGCAGUGAAGUGAAGAAACUCCGAUUUACAGGAAAAAAUGAGAAUGUUUUCUUAGUUAAAUUUAUAAUUCAAGCGAUUUUUACUGCAUCAUUGUGUUUGCCUUGAAUAUAGAGGUCUACUAAGGGUUUGAUUACUAAGGUGUCGUGCUCAUGUUGUGAGGUACACAAACUUAAUACCAACUCUAGCAUAACUAUGUUGUAAGCACCAAGUUGUUAUUCUAGUGUUUUGGAGCCCGUAUAAUAUUUAAACCACUGUGCAUGACCAUGUGAAAAAUUUUACUUUAACUCUCAAUUUACAUUUUACUUAAAAAAUGCUCAUUUUGCAACCAAAGCAAUCUUGAAAGUGAUUCGUCAAUAACUCUACAUAAAAUUGCUGAUAAUUUUUUUUCUUUCAUCAACAUUCAGUAUUUAUUAAAACAUUUAUGUAACUGAACUCAACACAUUAGUUUUUAAAUUUAAUGAUAAAAAUUUUAAUCUUUGUGUUUGUAUAUUAAGUCUGUGAAUAUGUAUUUUCAAUAUUUUCAUUAUAAUUAUUAAGGCUUUUUUGAAAGAGUUUUUAAUUUUUUUGUUUCCGUUAUUUAUGUUUCUAAAAGUCCUGCAAUUAACAUGAAAUGUAUUUCUUCAAAAUGUGGCACUUGCCUCACUCUUAAAUUGUUACUUUGACUUUAGAAGUACCUUAAGCAAAAUUACAGAUAAACCACUUAACAAAUUUUUGUAAAAAAAAAAAACCUAAUCUUUUCUGGAAACAUAAACAUUUUUCUUAGUAUACUUUGAUAUAAGCGCCAUUUUAGCUCUGUAUUAAAUCCCUUGCCACAUUUUCUGAAAUGUGUCCAUAGUUAUAGUUGCAAUUGCAGUAGCGACCCCCUCUUUAAAGUGCAGGAUGUUUUUUUAUCUUUCCAGUGUACACAAUAUUUUUAACGUGUUAAGGAAUAGGUUACGAUUAUGUGUUUGUUCGUAACAAAAUUUACUUCAAACAUUGUGGUUAAAAUGUAUUUUAAGUUAGGUAACUAUUUUUUUGUCUUUGAAAUGUGUUGUAAUCUGUGGUUUGCAUUUUUCCAACAUAUAUUUAUAUUUAUUUGCAACAUGCCUAUUAACAAUUAAGGCUGGUUAACUUUUAUAUAGAUAUCGGCAUAUGCGUGUUCAAAAUCGUGCAUUUUUGUUUCACGACCGGUAAAACACUACUCUUCAUUUUUAUAGAAUUAGGUGAUAAAAACAUUAUCAUUAAAAAAGAAUGGUUUUUUGUUACACAAUUCAAAAAAAUUCUUCAACCAUUUUUUAUUCUGUUCAUAGAUACAUAAACUGACUCAAAUAAUAUUAUGUUUAUUAUAUAUGAACUUAAUACACUGUCUCACCUGUUCUGUGGUUUUCAAUAUAAUAAAAAAUAGCAGCACAAAUCCCCUGAAAGGAAAUUAUUGCAUGACUCUUAUUUAUAAUGUCAAAGAGUAAAAUUUUUUAUAAUAUUUUGAAAUGCACUCCAACCAGAAUAUAUUUUUCCAAUCCUCAGCAAAGGAAUGUCCUCUUGGAUGUAUAGUUUCUAAUAUCAUUAAAAUAAUCUGAUAUUCAUUCUUUCAACAUUCUUACACAUUAAAUUUAUCAUCUUAAAGGGUGGACAGAGUAGAACUUAGAGAUGACAUUAUGGUGAAAAUGAACUUUAUUUUUGCACCUAAAGUUGAUUUGUAUCAGGUGGUAAAACUUACCCUAAGUACUGUAAAAUUAAUUCUCAGUUUUGGUUAUUAUGAAAGUUCUUUAAACUGAGCAGUAAUUAAAAGUAAAACAUUUGCAAAGAUUUGAAAAUUUAUACUUUUAGGGAAGAUAACUUUUAAAUGAAGUACACUGUAAAAGGUUUUAAUAUAUUUUGGCCCCUGGUCACUACUUUACAUCUGAUUGCACAAAAAAAAUUUUGGAAAUACUUUUUACUGAUUUAUUUUAUGUAGUAUUACAGCAUGCAUACAAUAUGAGUUUAUCAAUUUACUAAUUUUUUAAAUCCAAUAUUACAGAAUAUGUACAUUAUGUGUUUAUCAAGCAACGUACACCAAAUGUAAAGUAUUUAGUUUUAUUCAAUCUUGUUAAUUAUUGAUCCAUGUUCUGGGUUCCAAAAAUAAUAGGGACCAAAACCAUUUUAUAAUUACAAGAGUGUAAAGAAAAUUUAUUUAUUUUUUUCUUAUAUGUAUAUAUGUGUGAACAUAUGUGUACACAUACAUGCUUACAUGUAUGUACUAAGUGCUUGGAAAUUGCUAAGCAUAAAUUAAAUGGGUGGCAGGGAUUGCCAAAACAAGAAAUUUUUGUAAAGGACAAAUGCUUGGGAACUCAUCCCUGUAAAGUUACAAUCCCGAAUAUUAACAUGAAAAUUUGAAUUUUGCAUGCAAUAUGUGCCACUCCAUUGGCUGAGAGAAUGCGCCAUCGCUUCCUCGUACACCAUGUGCACAUCUGCCAUCUCUAUGAACAUAUCUGCCAUGCUAUUGCUGUUUGUCAAAUCUGUAAUUGCUGCACCACAACUCGCUGAACUGUCAAAACCAAUCACCAAAUGCCAAACAUUUAAACGUACCACAACCAACUAUCCACUGUGCUGUACAUUAGACUACUACUGGUUACUACUGUUUAUGGCUAACUUUAAAAGUCAGCGCUCGGCUCAUUGCCUGCUUCCCACAGAGCAUUUGAACACCACAGCUUCCUCUCAGCCAAUGGAGUAGUGCAUAAUGCACUCAAAACAAAUCUGCACGUUACUGAUCGUGCCUGUAAAUUGGCAGGGUUGCAUUUUCGGACAUUUGUUUUACAACAAAAAUUACUUGUUUUGGUAUUCCCUGACACUUAUUAAAUUUACACGUAGCAGUUUAAGAAUAUCCUGUAUAUAUACAUUUAUAUAUGUAUGCAUACACAUGUUUAUGCAUUUUAUAGCUGUGGUAUGCUUUACAUGAUUGCCAGUAGAAGCAAGAUAAUUUUUUUGGUCUAUUAGUUACCAAUAUGACCAUAUUUACUGAGUUGUUCUAUAACUGUUCUUGUAUGUAUGUAUGUAUGUAUGUAUGUAUGUAUGUAUGUAUGUAUGUACUAUUUAAAUUUUAAUAAUGAAGAAAAAAUUUACUUUACCAUUUUAAAAUAUAAAAAAUUGGGGUAGGCUGUAUCAGGACGCGGCUGCAAGUUGUUAACGUGAAUACGUCAGCUAUCUGGGAAGGUCAAAAAAAGUAAUUGUAUCUAUAACAAUAAAUGAAAGAAAUACAGGAAAUGUAAUACAUAUUAUUGUAGUAUAAAUCUAAUGUUUUUCUUAUUUCUAUAAACAUGAUCAUACAAUAUUACUAUAAUUACUGUAAUCCCAAAAUGAUAAGAAAUAAAAUCACUGAAUGAACUUAGAUUAUGUUCGUCGGUUUCACGUUUUGAUGGGGCACUAUACCUAAAUAUUGCUCCUUGUCCCAUAGUGGUAUGUGUUGUCUCGCAGCCAAUACAUCUGACUGUGGCACCCUUUUGAUGUGUCCAUUUGUUUGAUAUAUAUUUGGUUCCCUACAGCCUCGUUAAUUGCCAUGAACUUGAAUGCAAUGGGUUCCUUCUGAUAGAAUGCACUCAUGUCUAUCUUGAUGUCAUACAGCUUGUACAGCAUUGACUUAACGAGGUGGUUCAACCACUGUCACAUGAUGCGCUUGUGAACAUAUCCAUUGUAUCAGUGUCUCCUUUAUGUUUACAUUGAUAGCGUAGUCAUCGCUCUGGUGACGAGGCAGACACUGAACCAUUCACAACACGUCUAACUGUCAUGUUGAUUACCUGGCCGACAAUCCCGUAGCUGCUCUCAUGGCGUAACUGACGAACAUGCAUAAACGGAAAUCGUGAUAUCAGGCGCUCACUCGCCAGGUUGAGCAGUGGUAACCCACAGGGCCUGGGCGGGAAAACGAAGCCAUUGGUUUUUGAAAGAGUUGGCAGUUUGCCACAGUUCAGCAACUGCCUGCAUGCAAUGCACAGCUGAAACUCUUUCAAAGUGUCUAAGCCAUCGGAGAAGUGUGAACGCAAAACCUCAAUAUGCUUGUGGCUUGCCUUCAUUAGAUCUCUGUCGAACCACAAGCGAUCGCACACACUGUACUCCAGUCCGAACUCAUUGGUAAUAGCUUUUUGAAGCAAGAAUUACUUUUUGCACUUUGCGCUUCCCACAACUCAUACACUGACAACUCUUCCGACGAUGUUCAGUCAAUAAAAGUUGAGGCGAGCAUCUCAUCGGAGGCAUCGAAGUCCAUAAGCUUAUCACUGGAACUUAUUUCACUGUCAGUAAUACCUGCAUUCGUACUGACUGCGGUUCAACACUAUUGGUAAUGUCUGCACUCGUAAUAGGUCGCAACUGCACUUGUACUAGACUGGGUGAUGUCCGCCAUUUUAGAAUUCUUCCUCUACCUGCAGAGUCUAAUCCGUUUGGCACGGAUGAGUAGCACCUUUUUGGAAUCAUCACAAGAUGUUGUUUCUUCUAAUCAUUUUUGCUGGCAGUUCCAAUCAUAUAAAUUCGUCAUAUGCCUCGAUGUUGUAAUUUUUUUUGCACUAUUCUUUGUAUAUCUCAAAGUUGUUGUAUCGUAAACUUUUUUUAUAUUUUUCAAAUGUAGUUUAAAGAGUCCAUUUUUUAAUUCACAAAAUGAGUUUUAUUUGAUUUAAAUUGGUUAACACUCUCAAAGUAGAUGAGAGACCCGGAAUCAAAUGUUCAAGAAACUUGCCUAUUACCCGUAGUGACUUGUAAAUACACAAAAACUGUUUAUAAUGGUGCAUGCGUAAACCAUUUAUCUUUCUUUAUACAUGUGCAUCUGGAAUAUACUAAGCAGCCAGGUUUGUAUUUUAUAAUGUUUCAAAUGCUAUCGUAGUUUCAUUACACUCUCCUUCUCAAACUGGCAUCCCGAUAUAUAAGACGUAGGUAUUCAUGUCAAAAUUAUAUUUAUUACAUGAUGUUAUUUAAUGCUUUCAUCCUCAUGCAGCUGUAGUAGAGUGAGAAAUGCAAUUAAGAAACUCCAGGCUAAUUGUCAUAAAGUUAUUGAGUAUUCCUUUGCAACAGUUAAGUUUUUUAUGGUUACAUAAUGUGUGUGCUUUGUAUUUCAGAAAUUUCUUACAAGUGAAAUUUUCUCCUAAUUUGAAUGUUAAGGUUUUUCUAUCUCAUAAAUGUUAUUUGGGUAACAUUAUAAAAUAUUACACUUUUUAAAUACUUUCAAGAGUGGAUAUUUGUGCUAUUAUAAAUGCUACUAACCAAAACCUAGAAACGUGAUAAAAAUGAAUCCAUAGUAUAUUUUGCUAGAAUAGAUAUUGUAUGUUGUGAUAAAAUUGUAAAAUUUUAUGUGAUCAAUGAAUGUUUGCAAAUAUAGUAAGAAUUAUAAAACAUUAGUAAAAAAAAAUCAUGAUUAGUUUUUAUUGUAUUAUUAUUUUUGUUAAAAAUUUAAGAAAUUGUUAUAAAAUUUCUAUAUGCUUUACAGUAGUUUUUCUUAUUAUGGUAUUAUGUAUGUAUUUUGUAUUAUUAUUAUUAUUAUGGUAUGGAAAUGUGUUUUGUUGUGAGAUGUAUGCUUAGUUUUACUCAAAUUAAUCUUCCUAAAAAUGUCUAUACCAAAUUAAUUUUAAACAUUAUUUGAAAAAUUUGAGAUUUUUUUUUGUUUCCAUUGGGUUAAAACUGGUAUUAAUAUUUUUGACAGUUGUUUUAAGGUAGUAUUAUGUUAAAAUUUAUUAUUAACAAUAAAAUAUGAAGAAAAGUUAAAGAUUGUAAUUUUUCCUGCAAAUGUCCCAACAUAUUAAAAGUUUUUUAAAAUGUCAAAGAUGCCAGAAUAGAGUGAUUUUUAAUUCACAAAGUUUUCCAAAUUGUUGUAAGCUAAAUCCACACAAAGUAUGGAAGGCACUUAUUUGAAUUACUUCUGAAUUUAUUGUUACUGAAAAACUACUACAGUAGAAGCCUGAUACAACAUGGUUGUGUAAAGCGUGGAUACUGGUAUACCACGGGUAGAAUUGUGGCUUCCCACCAGAUAAAAUUGUAAAAGUUUUUAGUUCUUGCUGCGACAAUUUAGUGAUGCCAGCCUAUUUUUCUGCUGCCAUCAUAUGGAUGUGAUUAAGAGAUGGAGGGAUUUUCUGUGUCUGUUCACUGCUACUGGAUAGAAAUGGGGUAGCAUUAUUUAUUCCAUUGUGCUCUUUUUGUAUUUGAGUUGUUAUUGAUGAGCAAUGCAUGUAAGUUCAAAACUUUUUCCGCAGGUGAUAACUGAAAAUUGACUCUACAAAGAAAGAACACACAAAAGCAAGUGCUAAUCAUAUUGCUUGUGUCGAAUAUCUGCUCUAAAAGUAAAUGAAUCACCUUGAAUUGUUCAAGAAACUUGCAUAUUACUUGUAGUGACCUGCCAAUAUACAAAAACUAUUUAUAAUGGUGUAUGCAUAAACCCUUACCCUACCUAUAUAUGUAUGCAACUCGAAUAUACUGAGUAGCCAGGUUUUUAUUUUAUAACGUUUCAAAUUAUAUCAUAUUUUCAUUACAUUCCACAUAUCAAACUGGUAUCCUGAUUUAUAAGAUGUAAUCAUGUCAAAAUUGAGAUGUGACAUGAUUGUUGUUGGAGGUCUGUUAAAAGGGGAAUAUACACAUAAGAUAAUUUUUUGAUAAAGUUAUGUAGUGUUGCAAAAGUAGUAGCAAAUAUAAGUAGUCCAUGGAAAAUAGACGGUUAUAAAUUAUAAUAGUUCAAUUUUAAAUUUUAACAUUUUUAAAAGCUUACUGAGCUUGUUUUAUUGCUUCCAUUGGUCUACUCUUAGCUAAAAUGAUCAUCCCUGUCUCCUAGUAAAAAAAAUGCAUCAAAAUUAUGGUCUGGGCCUCAACAUAAAAAAAAAACUUUUUUUUUUACAUUGGGAUUCUUCCUGCCUGCAUUAAUUGUUCUAUCUAGGUGGGCUAGCAUAAGAUCAGGUGUACAAAAUGCAAGAUUUAGUUUCUACAACAUGAUGUUGGUUCUCAUACGUAUGACAUAAUAGCAUAAAUGCUUGAAGAAGUGCAUACAGAAUUUCAAGUUCAAAAUAAGGUGGUUGUGACAGUUACUGAUAAUGGUCCAUAUUUGUGUAAAGUGUUCAGAUGUUUUGGCUCAAAAUCUUUACUUGUACCAUCUACUAAAUUUGACCAAGUGAGUACUGAUGAUUCAUCAACAGAAGAAUUUUCAGAGGAAGGCAAAAUUAUUACAGUAACACUCACUAAAAUACUUGAUUCACCUGAUAGCAGUAGCGGCCGGUGAUGUUAAAUUAUGGGUGUUCACACACUCAUACAUACACACAUGCUAACAUAUAUGCACUCAUAAAGAAAAAAAAAAGACUUCCUACCUUACUGCGUACUAGAAGCCUGUUUUGGUGUCAGAUUAUCUGUGUUGGUGCGGCACCGUAGCAGUUACUGCUUAUCUUGGAGUCGUGAAAGAUAUAUUUCGUUUAUUACACAAACUCAUGUCUGUAAUUGUAGCCUGAAUUAACACAACGAAGCUUAUUGAGCAGACUAGUUGUUUUUUAAGAGAUUUUAAAUUGUAAUUCAAAAUGGUAGAUCGCUGAUCAAGCCUCACAUAAAUAAUAAUAAAUUAUGUUUGAUGUUCUUGAUUUUUCAAAUUUGUGGCUGGGCAUAAGCUUAUCAAAGUGUUGUGCCUGAAAGCAAUGUGAAGCUCAAAAAUAUGAUUUUACAAACUUUAAUGCUACAAAGGUAUUGCACCAUUAUUUAUUUGUAAAAAAAAAAAUCCAUUCUUCUGGUUUUCAGCUGAGCAAACUUGUUGAUGACUAUGAUUAAAAUCAUGCAUGCUAUUUAUUAGUCUUUUUUCUAUUGACAACAUUGCAAAAGCAGUAAGUCUUUCUUCUGACAUAGUGUUCCUAAAUUUUUAAUUGUUAACUUUUCCUUGUAGUAAGUUUUCUGUUCGCUAAAAUUGUUUGUACGGAAUUAAUUAUGGCGAUUAUUAAAAAUUGUACAUGUUUGCUAUACGCGCUAAAUAACGCAGUCACAUUUUCACAGUUAAAGUCUUACAACAAAGGGAAACUUUAUAAAAUAGGUACCUCAGAAAAAUGUUGUCCUGCGUAAGGCACAGAAAAAUAUUUUACAAACGCACAGUCACACUAAUAAUUAAAGAUAUUUACGCUCGCAUUGAACCACACGCAACUAUUUGUUUCUACUGGACGUAAAAAACUGAAAACGAAAAGUUUGUUUGGUUAGGGGUGAUAGUAUUGGAGUGGACAAUCCUGGCAUCUACCGGGCUGAUUCAUAAGUUAUGACUUACUUCUCUGAUCAGUGCUGCUGUGCGUGCUGAAAUUUGGAACUACAUCAAUGAAACGCCAGGACAAUCACGAGCACACCAGAGCCGUGCACUCGUCCAGUGUUAAAUGUCCCGUAGGAGGUGACGUAAUUCCUUCGUGCGCAUGCGCAAAAGGACCGAGGCAGGCAUGCAGGCAGCGCGUUUCGUGCAGAGAUCCAUUGUGAACACUACAGCGUUGCCGUAUCGCCGCAAUCGAAAAAAUAAAAACAGACGUCCGUGACAGAUGCAAACAAAGCGACGAGUGUUACUCUGGUAGCUGCCACUGGUAAAAGUAGAUAAAAAGGAACUUUUAACUCUACAAAAUAAAUAAAUGUUCUGUAGAAAACUGGGUGUGCACGUGCACUUGUGCUCUUUAAUACCGGCCGCUACUGCCUGAUAGUACUGAACAGUACAGCCUGCCUCAUCUUCAUCGCAUACUUUGAAUUUAGUUGCAACAAAGGACUCUGAAAGUGCGUUUGAAAAUCUAGUGUAAAAAAAAAAGAAAA